AUGUCUCCUAUUGCAGCUUCUUCCGCUCCUGUCUUCGAGAAUGGUCUGAGUGCCUUGCCCACCCCUGCAAAACCGCGCAGCUGCCUGGUCUGUCGCCAGCGCAAGGUGCGAUGCGAUAAACAGUCCCCCUGCUCCAACUGCCGUCGCGGAAAGAUCGCCUGCAUCUCGCCCUCCACCACUGACCUUCCCCCGAGAUGGGCCCGUCGCCUCCAUCCUCCUCAAUGCUCGAACCCUACUGUCUCGCCCAGCGUGCACAGAGAUAUGGGGUUAGAUCAUCUGAUGGACAGGGUCAACACUCUCGAGAGUCUGGUCCAAGAAUUGAAAGACCAGCUCGCACGAUCCCCCGGCAGCGAGCGCUCGGACCAAAACGACUUAUCGGAAAGCCACUCACCCACCCGCGCCUGUCGAAAUGUCCAUGCAAGGGAAUCCUCUUGCAGGGUGGACACCAAUCAUGUCUCCACUCAGCUAGGCCGGUUGGUCCUGCAGGAUGCGAAUCGCAGCCGUUACGUGAGCAGCGGCUUCUGGUCCCGUGUUGAGGACGAGCUUAAUGAGUUGAAGAUAGCUACCAGCAACCGACAACCUGACGAUUCAGACAGCGCCCUCGGCCAGCCACCAUCAGUCUCGGAAGUAGAACGGACGGCAUCAGAACGCCAUGCAUUCAUCUUCGGCUUGAAUUGGAAUCCCACCAGUCCGGACCUUCGCGAGCUGCACCCCCUUCCUUCGCAAAUCACCUUUUUGCUGGAAACCUUUGCGGAGAAUGUGAAUUAUUUUCUGGGCAUUGUCCAUAUACCCACUGUCUCCCAAGUCGUCCGCGAUUGGCGGCAAAAUGGCAUGAAGUCGCUUUCGCCCUCCAACGAGGCCUUGCUCUUCUCGAUCUACUAUGCUACUAUCGCCUCGAUGGAAGAGGAGGAUGUCAUGGCCAACUUCGGCUUCACGAAGAGCGAAUUAAACCACAAAUUCCGGUUGGGAGUGGAACAAGCUCUCGCCAAGUCGGAUUUCUUAAAUGCUCCCGAUCUGGUGCUCGUACAAGCAUUCACCAUCUUCCUUUACUUAUCGCGACGAUAUGACAGCCCUCGGUAUAUCUGGAUGAUGACCGGGUUUGUGAUUCGGAUGGCACAGUAUCUGGGUCUCCACCGCGACGGUGCUCACUUCACCCAGUUCACCCCGUUUGAGGUUGAGCUGCGCCGCAGGGCGUGGUGGGGGGUUUGUCUGUUGGACAUACGAACCUCCGAAGACCAGGGGACGGACUUGAGCAUUACCCCCGGCAGCUUCGAUACCCAGAUCCCCCUGAACAUUAACGAUAGUGACAUCAACGCUGGAACGAAGGAGAUUCCCCUCGAGCGCCGCGGGUUGACCGAUAUGUCGGUCCCGCGACUCUCGGCGCACCUGACCAACAUUAUGCGAGAAAUGAUGACCCGUGGUAUGGAAGAUGGGGUCGCGGGCAUGCAGAAGCAAAGCCGCUCGGUGGAUGAGAUCUAUCGCAAGCUCGACGAAGAGUACCUGCAGUAUGCGGCGGGGUCUAGCAGUAUCGUUUCUUGGGUGGCCGUCAACCUCAUCCGCCUCGUGAUGGCCAAGAUGACGCUGAUUGUCUUCCUGCCUGUACUCUUCGCUGCCCCUGGCAAGGAGCUGACAGAAGAAAUCCGGUCCACCCUGCUCUGUGCUGCCAUCGAAGUUGCUGAAUACAAUGACGCUCUCAACGCCGCAGAGACCGGGCGGCAUUUGCGAUGGCUAUAUCAGACGUGUACGCACUGGCACGCAAUCGUAUACCUCCUGAUCGAGAUUACGCGUCGUCCGUGGUCACCAUGCGUUGAACGGGCGUGGGUCGCUUUGCACAGUAGCUGGUUGAUUCCAGCUCCGUCUCCGAUCGCAGCGACUCGGCGCAUCUGGGUGCCGUUCCAGAAGCUGCAAGACAAGGCACAAAGAUAUCGCGCAGCUGAACUUCUUCGCCUACGAAGUGAUCCUGAGGCUGUCACCCGGCUUGAAGCGGAGGCCCCGUCGGCACCUACGCCGUCCAGCCCUGGACUUUUGGGCCCUGGCUCCAGUGUCGAGGCUUAUCAUCAUCGGUGGCGUCAGCUGGUCACUGCACCUCAGCCGAACGAGUCGCCUGUGUCGCAUGCAGCUGAGAACUCGGUGGUCUGCGCUACUCCAACGACUCGGGUCGAUAGUACGAAUUCAAGGACAGUAGUGAAUUCGCAUACCGCAGCUUUGGUGGAUCCGAUGCAUGAAUUUGUGCCCAGCGUGUCUGAAGCCUUCUCCGGUUCUUCUAUGGAUGAUACCUCUGUAUCUUGGAUGUUGACCAGCGAUGCCAUUCAGGGAGUGGAAAUGAACGACGUGGAUGCUAGUAUGGAACUCGACGGUGGCAUGGACUGGAAUGAGUGGAUCGAAUCAGCGAAGGGCAUGCAGCUAAGCGAAGGGAACGAUUUCUCCACGUGGUGCACAUUCUAG